GCGGGACCGCGGCCUCCGGAGCGGAAGUGGGUCGCUCUCGAGGCGGCGGCGGCGGUGGCGGCGGCGUCCGGCCGGGAGCUUCUGAUUCUGCCGCUGCCGAGGGGCUCGCUGGGCACCGAGCGACGCGGCGCGGACUCCUCCCGCCAGCCCUGAAGAGACUGGGAGCCACGACCCUGAGCUGGCCAGAGGAUGCAGCUGCAGGCGUGAGAACCUGGGGUGUGAGAGGCUGAGAGGCUGGGCUAGGGCGGCUCAGUGCCCUCCUUCCUCCUCCAGGCCAGGCCCAAGGGGCACCAUGAGCACGAGAAAGCGCCGUGGAGGCACAGUCAAUUCCAGGCAAACUCAGAAGCGGACGCGGGAAGUGGCCUCCACACCGGAGAUGGCCCUGGACGCAGAGCCCAUCGAGCUUGUGGAGAGUGCUGGAGAUGAGAUUGUGGACCUCACCUGUGAGUCUCUGGAGCCCGUGGUUGUGGACCUGACUCACAACGACUCUGUCGUGAUUGUAGACGAGAGGAGACGGCCGAGGAGGAAUGGCAGGAGGCAGCGCCAAGAGCAGGCUGACAGCUGUGUGGUGAGCAGUGAUGAUGAGGAGCUGGCCAGGGACCGCGAUGUGUAUGUGACAACCCACACGCCCAGGAACGCCCGUGAAGACUCGGCCACGGGCCUCAGGUCUUCUGGGACUGUCAGCUGUCCGAUCUGCAUGGACGGUUACUCGGAGAUUGUGCAGAACGGACGUCUCAUCGUCUCCACAGAGUGUGGCCACGUCUUUUGUAGCCAGUGCCUCCGGGAUUCCCUUAAGAAUGCUAACACUUGCCCGACUUGCAGGAAAAAGAUCAACCACAAACGAUACCACCCCAUUUAUAUAUGAAGUGUGGAGAUGGACUGACGGCCGGCCUGGCUGGGCUCCCAUGCCACCUCGCCUCCCCUGGGGUUUUUACGCAGUUUCCAGAGCUCAGACAGACUGUCUCAAAGCCACCCUCCUAUAUGUGGACUACUCUUUCAU